AUGUCGCUCCUGCGGCGGCGGAAGCAGCCGCCGCCGCCGCCCUCGGAUGGCAACGGGUCCGACCACGACGACGACGACAAGGGGAAAAGGCCGUCCUCCUCCUCCGCGCCGGCGUCCAAGGAGGCGACCAGGCGGACCAAGGGCAAGUGGUCGUGCGUGGACAGCUGCUGCUGGUUGGUCGGGUGCGUGUGCUCCGCCUGGUGGCUCCUGCUCUUCCUCUACAACGCGAUGCCGGCGUCGUUCCCGCAGUACGUCACGGAGGCCAUCACGGGCCCGCUCCCGGACCCGCCCGGGGUCAAGCUGCAGAAGGAGGGGCUCCGCGUCAAGCACCCCGUCGUCUUCGUCCCCGGCAUCGUCACCGGCGGGCUCGAGCUCUGGGAGGGCCACCACUGCGCCGAGGGGCUCUUCCGCAAGCGGCUAUGGGGCGGCACAUUUGGCGACGUAUACAAGAGACCUUUAUGCUGGGUUGAACAUAUGUCAUUGGACAAUGAAACUGGAUUAGACAAGCCAGGAAUAAGGGUUAGGCCGGUCACAGGUCUUGUUGCAGCAGACUAUUUUGUACCUGGAUAUUUUGUUUGGGCUGUGUUAAUUGCCAAUUUAGCUCGUAUUGGAUAUGAAGAAAAGACCAUGUAUAUGGCUGCAUAUGAUUGGAGGUUAUCUUUCCAGAACACCGAGGUUCGUGAUCAAACCUUGAGCAGAAUAAAGAGUAACAUUGAACUCAUGGUAGCGACAAAUGGUGGAAAUAGAGUGGUGGUGAUCCCACACUCUAUGGGGGUUCUCUAUUUUCUGCAUUUUAUGAAGUGGGUUGAGGCACCUCCUCCCAUGGGAGGUGGCGGUGGUCCAAACUGGUGUGAAAAGCAUAUUAAAGCUGUAUUGAAUAUUGGUGGACCUUUCUUAGGAGUUCCCAAGGCUGUUGCUGGGCUUUUCUCAUCUGAAGCCAAAGAUGUUGCCGUUGCUAGAGCUAUUGCACCUGAUGUUCUGGACUCUGACUUUCUUGGACUUCAGACUUUGCGCCAUUUAAUGCGUAUGACCCGUACAUGGGAUUCAACAAUGUCAAUGAUCCCUAAAGGUGGUGAUACAAUUUGGGGAGGUUUGGAUUGGUCUCCAGAAGAUGGGUGUGAAUGCAAAGCUAAGAAACAAAAAGGAAACGACACUGAGGUUUCUGAUGACAUUAAUGGGGAAAGUGUUGAAAUUCCACCUGAGCCUAUUAACUAUGGAAGAUUGGUAUCUUUUGGUAAAGAUGUAGCAGAAGCUCGUUCUUCUGAGAUUGAGCGGAUUGAAUUUCGUGAUGCUGUUAAAGGCAAUAAUAUUGCCCAUUCAAAUACGUCAUGCCGGGAUAUCUGGACAGAGUAUCACGAACUAGGGUGGGGAGGAAUAAAGGCAGUUGCAGAUUACAAAGCUUACACUGCUAGUUCCAUUAUAGACCUUCUUCACUUUGUUGCUCCAAGGAUGAUGCAGCGUGGAAGUGUUCACUUUUCAUAUGGAAUAGCUGAUAACUUGGAUGACCCAAAGUAUAAACAUUAUAAAUAUUGGUCGAAUCCCUUGGAAACUAAGUUGCCGAAUGCACCUGACAUGGAAAUAUUUUCAAUGUACGGAGUAGGCAUUCCUACUGAAAGAGCAUAUGUCUAUAAGUUGGCCCCACAAGCUGAGUGUUAUAUACCUUUUCGGAUUGACACCUCGGCUGAGGGUGGGGAUGAAAAUAGCUGCUUGAAAGGGGGUGUUUACUUAGCUGAUGGUGAUGAAACUGUUCCAGUUCUUAGUGCUGGCUACAUGUGUGCAAAAGGAUGGCGUGGAAAAACUCGGUUCAAUCCUGCUGGCAGCAAGACCUACGUAAGAGAAUACAAUCAUUCUCCGCCCUCAAAUCUCCUGGAAGGCAGGGGCACUCAGAGCGGUGCCCAUGUUGAUAUCAUGGGGAACUUCGCUUUGAUUGAGGACAUCAUCAGGAUUGCUGCUGGGGCAACCGGUGAGGAAAUCGGUGGCGAUCAGGUUUAUUCUGAUAUAUUCAAAUGGUCAGAGAAAAUCAAGUUAAAAUUGUAAUGUAUGGGAAGAUGAAAUGCCUAUUAGUGGAUUGCGUGCCAGAGUGCAAUUCUGUGGAUUUUGCUUUGCUAUUGUAAUUUUCCACUCAUUCGUCCCUUUUGCAAAUUCAUUGACAGGAAGCUGAUGCGAUGUUGUACCACUAUCUUGGGAAUUAUACGGCAUUGUAUAUUAAAAUGUACAGGUGUAAGUUACAUUGGCUAGCAGAAAUACGGUAGCUUUUAUCUAUCGAUUAUUUUAUUAA